UGACUGUAGGUUAUAGUUAUACUAGGCGAUUUUGAGUUUGACUGUUCGAGGAAGACCAUCUUGGUUUGCUGUGGAUGGUGUAAAUCCAAUUCUAAUAAGAUAAUCUUAAUCACUUCUCAGUGGGUUGCAAUCUUUCAAUACUUGGGUUAUAAAUCUCUUAAAGUUAUCCUGUUCCUUGGGGUUUUCAUCACUUUAAAGUUCAAUUCCACAUCAAAUUGAAGGAUCUAGAUUGUUGCCAAUUUUGUUGUGCAAGUGGAAUUGUUAUUAUCUGGGCAGGCAAGGGUUUCCAACUAUGGAUGAAGAGAAUAAAAAAGGUGCAGAUGUUGAAAUAAAGGUUUUGUUCUUUGCAAGAGCUCGAGAUUUAGCUGGCGGCGUGUCCGAAAUGAUGCUACAAGUUCCAUCCGGAAGUACAGCUCAAGACUGUCUAAGUAAAAUCUUCACCAAGCACCCUCGAUUAGAAGAAAUUCGCGAGUGCAUGGUCCUUGCUCUUAAUUUAGAGUACGCUCCCGAGUCUGCAGUUGUUAAUGACAAAGAUGAACUGGCCAUCAUUCCUCCAAUUAGUGGUGGCUAGAACAACGUUUUAUUUGGGUGCACUUGCAUUUCUUGUCAUCAGUCAUCUUUAUAUAUCUGUAUCACAUGACAAGAACAUAUACUUGGUUUGGUUCGAAACUGGAGUAUGAAAACAUGUAUGCUGAAAUGUACCAGAACUCAAGUUUAUGAAAUAUGAAUCAUUUCAUUAGUUUGCAUGACAAUAA